AUGAAUAGAAACCCUUUAUUCACUGCUUACAGAGACACUGAUGAACUGGUACAGCUGAAGGAAUGGUUUUUCAACCAGAAAGAGGUAGAUAAUAGGAAAAGAGCCAUUGCUAAAGUGAAGAGCUUGAAAACAAGAAGGCAUGUUGCUCACUCACUUGAUAUGACAUCUCUCUUAACAGGUAUAAUCCUAAACGAUGAAUCAGGAUUAGUGGACAGUGACACUCUUAUUCUCAGUUACACUAUGGCUGUAAUAAAAUUUGUUAACGGGACCUUAGAUUCUUUGCAACAAGCUAGCCAUGCCAUUCCACUACAUGCACUAGCGAGGGAGUUGGAUAUUCCUUCUUACUUUGUGGAGACUAGACAUGCUGGUUCCCAUGAGCAUUUGCCGUCACUACAAAUGCUGCGGAUGGUGGGUAAGAACAUUAUGGACUGGCUUUGGAAUCAUUACUGGUGUGAAAUUAGGCCUGUAUCGGAACAGCUAACUCUGAAAGACCUUGAAGAUUUUAGGCCAGCGAGAGAUUUUGAUUAUAUCAAUUGGGCCCCUGAAGACUUUGAGGAGUUAAUCAGAAAUGAACUAAAGACAUUCAAGAGAAUUAGAAAGGUGGAUAUCAGUAAUAGAAGAGCCGAUAAGCCAGAUACAACUGAAUAUAAGAAAACUGUAUCGUCUCUUAUAAACUUGCAAACACAGGAGCCCCAAUUGUUCUUGGAUGUAUUUCAAGAUGAAAUAUUGUCACUGCAUAAAACUUUAACUGAUUCAAUGCUCAAAGGUCUUUUAAUUCUUAGUAAACCUUUAAUCGAAGAACUAGGUUUGGAAUUUUUUCACAAUCUGAUUUUAAGAUUGUCAGAAUUACUCAAUUCCUCACAUUCAGAUUUCGUUAAACAGUGGAUACAGAAUUUACUGACUUGCGAUUUCAAAUCUCCAGGUAUUUUCACCACCACAUCCAUUGAUCAGAUAAUCAGCAUUCUCAAACGAGAAAAUUUACCACAUAACAUAGACUUACUCAAGGCAUUAAAAAGUUCCAAAAACCUAGAAAAUAAUCAAUUGUCUACAAACAAGCUGGAAAAAUUAAUCAAUGUCAUGGCGAGAUUCCAACUACCUUCUGCCUCAGCUCCAGCAAAAAGAUCGAUAGUUGACAUUUCUAAAGACAUUCAAUAUCGGAGGAAAAAGAAACGGAAACCUUUCAAAAUACCUGAUGAUACCAUCAAGACACCGAUAUGGUCCCCGAUCAAAGACUGGUACCCAACUCCCUUUGGCGUCGCCCCGUAA